CGCAAGAAACUAAUAAUGGAAACUCCUGCUGGGGUGAAGGAAAGAGAAGCUGAGAAAGAAAGGAAACGGAUAGCAUCUCUACGCCAGAAAAUAAGAAUGGAAAGUCCUGCUGGGGUAAAGGAAAGAAAAGCUGAGAAAGAAAGGAAACAGAAGGCAUCUCUACGCAAAAAACUAAUAAUGGAAACUCCUGCUGAGGUAAAGGAAAGAGAGGCUGAGAAAGAAAGGAAACGGAUAGCAUCUCUACGCAAGAAAAUGAGAACGAAAACUCCUGCUGGGGUAAAGGAAAGAGAAGCUGAGAAAGAAAGGAAACGGAUAGCAUCUCUACGCAAGAAACUAAUAAUGGAAACUCCUGCUGGGGUGAAGGAAAGAGAAGCUGAGAAAGAAAGGAAACGGAUAGCAUCUCUACGCCAGAAAAUAAGAACGGAAAGUCCUGCUGGGGUAAAGGAAAGAAAAGCUGAGAAAGAAAGGAAACAGAAGGCAUCUCUACGCAAAAAACUAAUAAUGGAAACUCCUGCUGAGGUAAAGGAAAGAGAGGCUGAGAAAGAAAGGAAACGGAUAGCAUCUCUACGCAAGAAAAUGAGAACGAAUACUCCUGCUGGGGUAAAGGAAAGAGAAGCUGAGAAAGAAAGGAAACGGAUAGCAUCUCUACGCAACAAAAUAAGAACGAAAAGUCCUGCUUGGGUAAAGGAAAGAAAAGCUGAGAAAGAAAGGAAACAGAAGGCAUCUCUACGCAAUAAUCAAUCAAAUGAAGUAAAACAACAGAAUGAUGAAAAAGAGAGGAGGAAAAAACUUCUUCACCGAAGAUCUUUGCCGGAUGAGGUUAAAGAAGUGCAAAUUGAGGCAGAUAGACUAAGAAAACAAUCUGUUCGAAAAAGGACAACUCGUCAUGAGAAACGAACACUUCAAGUAAAUGACAAUAUUCGAAAGAAACAAGCACGUCAUCCCUCAACAAUAGAGAAAAUAGUCUCCACUUUUCUGAUGCACAAGAAUGAAGCUCCAGUGUAUGUGUGUACAAGCUGCCAUAGACAAAUGUACAGGCAAUCAGUCUUCAGUUUCCGACAAAGUUCAUACAAGGCUAGUAUUAACUUCCUGGAAAAAUGCACAACUAAGUACACAAGUUUCGCUGGACUUGAAUGGAUAUGCAAGACUUGUAAUAACUACUUAAAGAAAGAGAAGGUACCUCCACAGUGUGUGUCCAAUAAACUUGAAGUGGCUGAUGUACCAGAUGAACUAAAAGAUCUCACAGAGCUUGAGGCAAGACUCCUAGCUCAACGAUAUCCAUUCAUGAAGAUACUGGCACUUCCGAGAGGAAAACAGGCCGGAAUAAAGGGUGCUGUUGUAAAUGUCCCUGUGAUUGCAGAAAAGGUCUGUAAAAGUCUCCCUCGGACUCCUUCACAAGCUGGUAUCAUUCCACUCAAGUUGAAACGAAAAAUCCAGUACAAGAGUCAUGUGGCUUACCAGAACAUUCGUCCAGGAAUGGUUCAAACUGCUCUUGGAAAAUUAAAAACAAUCAACAAAUUCUACUUAGCAACAGUGGAAAAUAGUGAAUGGGAGGAACAAUGUCUAAAUGAAGAUCCUGAGAUAUGGAAGGAACUUACAGAAGCAGUGACGGACAAGAAUAUUGGUGAUACGGAAAUCAGAGAUCUUGACGAGGGAAGGUCAAGACCAGCAGGAGAAAAUGAUGACAAAAAUCAAAAUGAAGAAAUAGACAUGGACGAGGAAACUGAUCCCAGAGAUCGUCUGCGAGGGAUCAAAUAUGACACCUGUGUGCAACCCACUGAUCCUACAAUGAGCUCAGACAGCAUCUACAGCAUCGCACCUGGAGAGGGGAGAAAACCAAUAUCUAUCAUGAUGGAUGAACACUGCGAGGAGCAAGCAUUUCCUACAUUAUUUCCAACUGGACAGUUUGGGUUUCAAGUAAACAGAUGCACUAAACUAUCUGCCAAAAAGUAUUUCAAUGCAAGACUUUUGAACAAGGAUUCAAGAUUCGCUAGAAAUGUAGAAUAUCUCUUCUUCGCACAGUUCAUCACAGAGUACAAACAAGUAAUGGACAACAUUUCUGUUGCUCUACGCAAGGCAAGAAUCAGCACAGAUGAUGGAGAAAGGGUAACAGCUGGACUAAUUAAAGAUCCUCAAAGACUGAAUAGAAUCAUCUUCAAUGAUAAGGCCUACAACAUGCUGCAAACUGUCCGAGGCUCACCUCCAUACUGGCAAAGUGUCAUGUUCAAGAUACUGGCUGGAGUGAAACAGCUAGGACUUUUCACUUGGUUCCUUACCCUUUCUGCAGCAGACCUCAGAUGGACAGACACACUCCAAGCCAUUGCUCUUCAGCAGGGACAGCGAUUGUCAGAUGAUGAUAUCACCAACAUGUCAUGGGAAGACAAAUGCAAGCUUCUUGGAUCCAAUCCAGUAACAGCAGCAAGGCAUUUUGACCACAGACUACAAUGUUUGUUCAGAGAUGUUAUUCUGUCUGACGUGAAUCCACUUGGCAAGGUGAAAAACUACAUGUAUCGCAUUGAAUUCCAACAGAGAGGUUCCCCUCAUGCUCACUGUGUGCUGUGGGUAGAUCAAGCACCACGACAUGAUGACACCGAAGAGAAUGUGACGGAGUUCAUUGAUCAGUAUGUCACCUGUGAACUUCCUUCUGAUGAUGAUGAUGAGCUGAUGCAUACUCUAGUGUCUACUCUGCAAAGGCACUCACACUCUGCAUCAUGCCGCAAAACUGGGAAGAGCUGUAGAUUUCAUUACCCAAGGCCAAUGGCUUCUAAGACAGUGGUGGCAGACACACCUUCUGAUGAGGAUCCAAAAGAGAAACAAAGAAUUGUCAAAUCUUCAACAGAGAUACUGAACAAAGUAAGAGAUGCAUUAGAAGUAGAAUGCAGUGACAAAAGCACAGUGCAAGAAUUACUUCAUCAGGUGAACAUUUCUGAAAUUGACUACAACAAAGCUCUUGGUGUCAACUUGAAAGGAAAAUCCAUCGUGUACAGAAGACAACCUCAAGAAGUCAAUAUCAACUCAUACAACCCAGUCGUCUUGAAAGCAUGGCAGGCCAAUAUGGAUCUUCAAUUUGUCUGCAAUCCAUAUGCCUGCAUUCACUACAUCAUUUCCUAUGUGACAAAGGAUGAACGAGAAAUGGGACAGGCGCUGAAAGAAGUAAGCAAAUCCUAUAAGGACUCAGACAUCAAGCACAGAAUGAAGGAAGUAGCAUCCUGUUUUCUUAAUGCCAGAGAAGUCAGUGCACAAGAAGCUGUUUACAGAGUGCUUGGUCUGCCACUUCAUCGUUCCACUUUCCAGACAGUUUUCAUCCAAACAGAUCUUCCAGAAAACAGAGUUGUCUUCUUGAAACCCAAAAGUAUUUUGGAGAAUCUCGACGAAGAAAGUGAGGAUGUGUAUGCCCAAACCAUGCCUCAAAAAUAUGCACAUCGGCCAUUGAUUCUGGAGCAGAUGACUCUUGCAGAAUUCAUCAGUUGGUAUGUUUCUUCAUACAAUACGGUUCAGGAAGAACCACAAGAAUCAGCAGAAUUUCACCCUGAUCUUCUUGAAUCGAGUGCAGCAAAGGCAACACCUAUCAAGUUACUGGAUGGCAAGGGCUAUAUGAUGAAACGCAAGAAACCACGCAUUAUCAGAUACCACAAGUUCAAUGAAACACAAGAGGAAGAAAAAUACUGUCACCACAUGCUAAUGCUCUACCAUCCAUGGAGAAGAGAAGAACUUGAUCUAAAGAAUGGCCAUGGGACGUAUGCUGAGCAUUAUCACUCCAUCUCCCAAGACAUCUUGUCAAAGCGAUCCAGUCUGGAGUCGUUCACUGAAAUAAUCGAGCAUGCUAUUGAAGAGCAUGAACAAUUAGGACCACCAGAACAUGCCUGGGAUACUCUCGAUACAGCAGCUCAGCAGGAAAAUGCAGAAUCCCAGACAGAUCCUCCUCAAGACCACCCCGAUCAUAGUUUCCUUCAACCAAGCUCUGAUCAGACAGUAACUGACGUUCAGGAGUCAUGUAUUGGUACUACCAUUCCACUAGCCAUUGAACACAGGCCAAACUACCUUUCUGAUGAACAGUACAGGAACAGUGUGCUAACUCUAAACACUGGGCAGUACAAAGUGUUUUCAUACAUCAAUAACUGGUGCGUGGAUUUGGUGAAAAGCCGCAAGACACACGUUGAUCUACAGCCAGUGCAGCUUUGUGUAACAGGAGGUGCAGGAACAGGCAAAUCACAUCUCAUAUCUACCAUUUACCAGAUGGCUAUUCGUACGUUGAAACAUGAAGGAAGUAAUCCAGAAGCAGUGAGAGUGCUACUGACUGCACCAACUGGUACUGCAGCAUUCAACAUCCAAGCAAGCACCCUGCACUCAACAUUUCUCCUACCACUGGGCCAGACCAAAGUCUACAAAAAACUGAGUGAUCAAAAGAGGAAUACCCUACGCUGCAAACUUGCUGAUUUGGAUAUCUUAAUCAUAGAUGAAAUAUCCAUGGUAGGGUGCGAUCUUCUUAUGACUGUGGACCAGCGCCUUCGAGAAAUUAAAGGCGUCAACAAAAUCUUUGGUGGCAUAUCCGUUCUGGCAUUUGGGGAUCUGUACCAGCUUGCACCAGUUUGUCAGAAAUUUGUGUUUGAAGAUGCUGCAGAUCUAUUUGCAAGAUUGGCUGGCUCCCUUUGGCAAGACAACUUUCAGUUUGCUGAACUUGAUGAAAUCAUGAGGCAAAAAGAUGACAGAGCCUUUGCAGAACUUCUGAACAGAAUCAGAGAAGGAGAGCAAACACAGGAAGAUAUGACUACCCUAGAACAAUGCAUCAUAUCACCGAGCGAUGACAACUAUCCUUCAGAUGCACUGCAUGUAUUUGCUACAAAUGCAAGAGUCAAUGAAUACAACACAGAGAAACUAAGCAAGGUAGAGGGUCCAAUCAGACAAUGUGUAGCGGUAGACAAGAAGCCUAGUUGUCUCAAGAGUCAUGUCACAAGUACAGAUGCUAGAUUCACAGGUGGAUUGCCACAUGUCUUGGAAUUAAAAGUUGGUUCUAGAGUGAUGCUCACCAGAAAUAUGGAUGUCACAGACGGACUUGUUAAUGGUGCACUUGGGACAGUUGUUGAUUUUGUUGAAUGCAAUCCACCAGCAAGCAAUCCAAAGGCAGUCCUGAUCCAGUUUGAUAACCCUACAGUUGGUUCAGCAUUGCGAUCGUCAAUUCACUAUGGCACAUCACAACACACUACAGCAGUACCAAUCCAGCGAAUUGAUGUUAAGUUCUCAAUCUCUGCAAAGAAACAAGGCUUGGAAGUAACAAGGUGCCAGUUCCCCCUGCGACUCUGUUGGGCAACUACCAUUCACAAAGUCCAAGGACUCACUGUAACAGAUAUAGUUGUUUCAAUGAAGAGCAGAUUCGCAGAUGGUCAAUGUUAUGUGGCUCUAAGCAGAGUCCCAAAACGUUCAGGUCUCCAUCUCCUGGAUCUGCAUGAAAGCAAAAUCAGAGCAAGUACUGCAGUGAAGGCUGAAAUGGAACGAAUGCGCACAGAUAUGCUGUUACAAACAACAUAUGAUGACAUCUCUGCAGCACUCACAGACAGGAGCCAACCUGUGCUAAUAGCAGUUCAAAACGUCAGGUCACUACCUGCCCAUCAUGAAGACUUAAAAAAGAUGCCUGGCCUUGAAAACUGCAUUGCAAUUUCUAUAACAGAAACAUGGCUAACUUCAAAACACAGACAAAGCAACUUUGAUCUUCAAAACUUUGAUCAGCUGAGGAAAGACAGAUUUUCAUCAAAUCCUGGAGGAGGGCUGUGUAUGUUCAUCAGAUCAUCUUCAACAUACAAUCUGCAUGCGAUGGAAUGUUACAUGCCUCAACUGGAGAUCCAAAGUGCAAUCAUCAAGCCCCUGACCCACCCUCCAUUUCUCUUGGUGAAUGUCUACAGAAAUCCCAAGUCAAGUAUGAAUCAAUUCACAAAAGCCUUCUGUCAUCUCUUGGAAUUAGCUGAUGCAACCCGCCUGCCAUCAUUUAUAGUUGGUGAUUUCAACAUCAAUCUCCUCACAUCCAAGCACAGCCAUGCAGUACAACGGCAAAUGCAAUGUUGCAGUUUCCACCAGGAUGUCAAGAAACCAACUCACAUCAGUGGCUCACUACUAGACCAUGUCUACUCCAAUACCCCUACCAACAUCUGGCAGAGUGCAACACAUUACAGUGAUCAUGAUGUUAUCUGGAUUCUUGCCAGUUUUUGA